GACGUCAAGAGGCUGAGCCGGCCGCCUGUCGGGUCUCCCUGUCCCGAAGAAAUCUGGAAACCCCCAGGCCGCGGUCUUAGAUGUACUGUUCGGGAGCGAACGAGGAAAGCCCUUGCUCUAGCCAGCCCCUCACUCGCCCCACCUCCGCCCGAGAAGCCCGGAAACGGAAGUGAGGGACACGGAAGUGGCCUGCUGUUGCCGAGGGGACAGGCCAGGCAGAUGCCAACAUGGCAGCGGUUGGAUCUGGCUGUUCCACCGCGGCGGCUGGGCCAGGAGCGGUCUCCGCGGGGGCGUUGGAGUCUGGGACUGCGAGUGUGGCUCACCGGCGCCUCAAAUACAUAUCCCUAGCAGUGCUGGUGGUCCAGAAUGCCUCCCUCAUCCUCAGCAUCCGCUACGCCCGCACACUGCCUGGGGACCGCUUCUUUGCCACCACUGCUGUGGUCAUGGCCGAAGUGCUCAAAGGUCUCACCUGCCUGCUGCUGCUCUUCGCACAGAAGAGGGGUAACGUGAAGCACCUGGCUCUCUUCCUCUAUGAGGCUGUCCUGGUGCAGUAUGUGGACACGCUCAAGCUCGCAGUGCCAUCUCUCAUCUACACCUUGCAGAAUAACCUCCAGUACGUUGCCAUCUCCAACCUGCCAGCUGCCACUUUCCAGCCUUCCCCGAGGUGCAACCAAAGCCAUAGCUUCCACCUCUGCCUCUGCCUCCACCUCCGGGCCCUGCACUCACCAGCAGCCUCCAGGGCAGCCGCCGCCACCGAAGCUAUCUUCCCAUCGCGGAGACCUCAGCACGGAGCCCUUUCUGCCAAAGUCAGUGCUGGUGAAGUGAGGGCUGGUGGCGGUGGGGGAGACAGGGAGGGGGACUGGGUGGAGGGUGUUGGGCAACUGCAGGACCUGAGUUGCUGCUGGGCCUGGCUCCUCUGGGGAUGAACGGAGUCUUUUCUCCUGGGUCAUGGAGAAUUCUGGAGGGGCGUGGGACUGGGUGGGGCAUCACACGAACCCUUCCUUGUAGACUGAACCUCCCCAGAGGAGGGGGUUCUUAGAGCUGCCUCCUUCUGCCCCAGUGAAACCCCUUUGGGGACCAGGUUGGCAGUAUUGUCAUUCAAGGCCUUUUUUUGUCUGCCUGCCCUUAGCUGGAGGCGUCCUGUCUUCCAUGACUGGGAGAGCCCCUCCUAGCAAUCCUUCCACCUUUGUAAGGACAAAUUGGACAAAAAUCCUACAGCUCUUUAGUGAUGGAUACCGCUGGUCUGUGGGGUUCAGCUUCCUGUGGCUUGAGGCCUUCUUGCCUCCCUCACAACCCACAAUGGAUCAUUAGCAGCUUGGUCUUUUGGUGUGUGUGGCCUUGGGGCAGCUUUCCUGACAGGAGACCCAUUGAAAAAAGGGCCUGUUGUGAGCACCCCAGGGAGGAAGAGGCAGGAGCUGAGAUUUUUCUCCUGGCCCAGGGGAGGGUGCAGUUGGGGCUAUCUGUUUUUUAGGGUUUAGGAACUUGUGGUGUGAAGGGAUAAUUCAUGAUCCAGGGUAUGGGAAAAGCAGGCAGGGGAGGUCGCUGGAGUGAUUGAAUCUCACCGAACCUAAGACACUGUCGGUUGCUGGAUGGAGGGUUAUUUCCCAAGACGUCCCGAGAGGGAGAAUAAAGCUGCCAACCACACUCUUCAUACGCACCGGCUGUAUGAGGCACCCUUACUUUGUGACAGGGCAAAGGUGUCUUAAAAAUGGCUGAAAUGUGGAACCUGCCCCCCCCCCGCACUCCCCAAAGCUUAUUAACCCCUUAACUGUCUCCCAGGAUGUGUGUGUGCGUGCGUGUGUUUGCGUGCGUGUGCGCACAUGCACGCAUGGGAGAUGCCUGGGCUGAUUUUGCUAUGUGUAAAUAGGUUCAUUGGAUCUUUAUUUUUGAUUAAUUUGUUCUGAUUUUUUGGUUUGUUUUCUAAGGAACUGUAAUGAACAAAUGUCAGGAUACCCAAUGCCAAAUAAAGAUGUUGUAUUUAUUUA